AUGUCUUCGGUCUCUACUCUUCAUACACGAUUGAAGGAGCUUUCUGCCUCCCUUGGUCGGAUCCAUCCGCUUGUUUCCCGAUUGCGCAAUUUCACCUCUGCCGUUGGACAGGGCGAUGAAGCUCGUCUGGAGCUGGGCGCUGAGAUACACGGUCUGCUGAAGGAGGCAGAAGAACAGCUGGAGAUAUUGAAGGUUGACGUUGAAGCCCUCGAGUCUGGUCCGGAAGUCAGGCGAAAGACACUGGAUAACGAGAAGGAACUGGAAAGAGAACGAGUCGUUGCAUCGGCAGGCAAGCUGACGGAGGACUUAAAGACGACGAGAGCGGAUUUUCGGAAUGCGCAGCUUCAGGCCAAACGGAACGCAGAACUCGCCAGGCGAAAAGAGAGAGAGCUUCUAUUUGCGAGGUCGCAAAAUGCCGAAAAGCGGACGCAAUCGACUGAUAGGCUCACUCAGGAUGAAAUAACUGUCAACGCUUCCAACGACGUUACGGCGGCGCUGAGGCGAACGCAUCAGCUGAUGCAGGCAGAACUCUCGCGAAGCCAAUUCGCACAGGAGACCUUGGAGCAUUCCACCGCCGUCCUGUCAUCACUCUCGGAAUCAUACACUGAUCUCGACUCCCUUCUCUCAUCAUCACGCAGUCUGAUCGGCUCCCUUCUUCGCUCACAGAAGUCGGAUACCUGGUACCUUGAGACUGCCUUUUACAUAUUAGUUGGCACUAUUGCGUGGCUCCUAUUUCGACGCAUAUUAUACGGACCCCUUUGGUGGUUGGUGUGGCUGCCUAUUAAACUCGCAGUCAGAUUCGUCUUCGCUCUUCUUGGUGUUGUGGGUGUCUCCAACAUGGCACUUCAACCGUCUCCUUCUGUUACACCUAGUGAUACGCUGGUUCAAGAAACGCCUAAUUUAACACCGAAAGUAGAACCGAGCGUGGAGGCUGCGAGUGAAGAUGCCAUCUGGGAUCAGGCUACUGCCACCAAAGACUCAGCCGGUGAUCGUAUGAUUGAUGAGAUCGGGGAGAUGGUCGAGACAAGCGGGAACCAAGAAGCUAUCGUGAAUGGUGUGCCUUUGGAAGAGACGCGAACGCAAGACGAAAGGUCGCGAAAUACAAAGAAGAGAAUGUACGAGGCUACGGAAGUAUGGCAGCAUAGAAAGGAUGAGCUAUAG